AUGUGCCAAUCGACAUCAUCCUCUUCCUCCGUGUUGCUCCAGAGGACGAGCGAAGGAUGGCAUACGCGAUACCUAUCAGAACACGUACACAUAGGAUGGACAAGAGGUUACACAAGAGAGAACGGGGCCUUGGUCGAGGUUCAAGGAGUUCCAGAUUCCAGGAUGGGGGUCUUUGUCAAUGACUGCUGGAAACACCUUCUUGGAGGAGGUCAGGGCGGUGGAAUCAUAUCUAUACGGAAACUAUUAGUACAUACCACACGGACAUAUUCCAUUCUUGAAACAGAAGAUCGCACCCAAGGUCUACCUUUCACCUCUAGUGUUAAGGAUCAAAAGAAUAGGAUACUGUCUGGCUACAGGGAAUGUCUUCAAGAACCUGGUGGUUGGAUACAAGAGAGCCUUCACUACCAUGGGAAAGAGUUGUCCUCUGAGGAGCUAGCCAGGAAGCGGAGUUACAAUUGCAGAUCUUCCUGCACUAUGUCAACAGCGGAAAUAAAUAAAAGAGAAAGCUGGGUGAGUGAAAUUGUAGACUAUAAGAGAGUAAUGGAGGGAAGCUACAAGACCAAGCAGCUACUAGACCGACCUGUUCGAGCUGGAGGAAGGACAUCGAGGUAUUGUUUCUUAGCCAGCAGAAGAAAACGGCAAUUAGCUGCUGAAGAGCCGAGAGACUUUCUCUGCAUUCUGGGUCUGCUCUUUUCUGAGCUGGGGAGUGUUGUGGAUGUCCUAUCGGGAUUCGAACUGAUUACAAAACCAGUUCAGUUAACGAAGUUUGUUUAG